AUGGCAGAUCUAGAACUUCCUCAACGAAUUCUUGCCGCCGAUUAUGUUCCAACCGGCGAGAGAGUCAACAUCUACCAGAAACUAUCCGUGCUCUCUGAAAUCAAACAUGCACUUGAUGAGGAGGAACAAAAGUUCAUCUACAAGAGUCAAUUUGUGAAGCUGUUCGAAAUUUCUGGGAAGCCUGCUUGGUCUGGUCUUUGUUAUGGCAAAUAUCCACCGUCUGGGAAGAAGAGAAGAAGGGGCAAUGGGGAACACUUUUACGAGCAGUUGUUUGGUGGUGCCAGAGAUGUUUCUGCAGAGAAGGUGCUCCAGAUGCUUCAGAAUUGGUCCGUAAAAGACAGAGAGUUGAGGUUGCGAUAUGCAUGUCUCCUCAUCGUAGAUGCAAUUCUGUUACCGUCGGUCCAUUUUCCGCGAGUUAAGAUUGAUGUCGACCAUGCGGAGAUGGUGGACGAUUUAAAUGCAUUCAUUGCGAAUCCAUGGGGAAGAGUUUCUUAUGAAAUAAUAAUGGAGUCUCUGCUAACGAGGGAUUUUGCUCACUUCGCCACUGCUAAUGUUGUUGUACAAGGAUUCUUUCUGGCAAUUCAGAUGGUUGUUUUAGAGGCUGUCCCCACUAUUGUUGAAGAAAGCGAUGGGAGUGAGGAUGAUGAUUUUGUUAGCCGUCGUGGUGGUCAGAAACUUCAGCUGUCAAUGAAGAAGAUUCGGUCCCUCGACGAACAAGAUGAGGUGGAAGUCGAGAUGAUCAUUCGCCCUGAACUCGAGUUUCUUGAAGACGCGGAAGAUAUUUCGUGGUCGGAUGACGAAGAAGACCCUAAGGUUAAGGCGGCCACUUCAAAGAAAGUCAAAGGAAAACUUAGGAAACCAUCUGCUUCUCGGUCUGCUGGCGAAGGUUCUGGGAAUGUUGCCAUUGAUCUCGAUGUGAUUGCUUAUAUGAUUGACACUAAGCUAGCUUCUUUAGCUUCCUUGGUGGAAGGUAAUCUGAAGAGCUAUUUUUCUGAUAAAAUUAACAAACUGGAGAAGAAAAUAGAGACGGUUGCUGCGAACCAGUCAACCGUAAACAACAAGAUUGUUGUUGAGGGGGUUACGAAGUGGUUUAAGGAGAACGUUAUCGUCGAAGAAGUCAUCGAUAAUCCUGUUGGAGCCCGUCAAAGUCCAAGUGUUGUCGCCAAAGAGACUGUUCAGCCGGUUGCAAGUCCAAUUUCAAAACCGAGUCCAUCUGCGGUUGGUGGUGGUACCAAGGACCCUGUUAACGAAGAACUAUCCGUCGACGAAAUUGCUGCUCUUUACUCGCAGACCAGCUUGAAAGAUUUUUCGUCAGCUAGUGGAACUCCAACUGUUGACCCGAUUGGUGAUAACAUUGUUAACAACGAUACAGUUAACUUUACUGGUGAUGGUGACAAAAGUACUCAUGAUAAGGAUGGAGACGGCGACUCUUUCCAUGAUAUCCCUAUGCCUAAUAACAUAGAAAACCCAAGUUGUCAGGCAACAGAAAGGGAUAAGAAUCCGUCACCCAUGUUACCGUCGGAAGAAACAUCAGGAAUGCUACCAACAACAGCCCAACCGUCAGAGAAGUCUGUUCCCCCUACGUUAGCAGAAGAGGCAAAAACGGCACAGACUCCGAUACCUUAUUCAAAUAUGGCAUCUGCUGAAUCCGUUUUGCCGGCUGGGGGAGAUACUGGCAAUGUAGUUACCGCUAUACACAAUGAAAAGUCGAUGUUAUCGGGGAAUGAGGCUGAUGGAGGUCAGCAUGAUGUCGAUGUCAAUGUCGAUUUCGUUGAUGGAAAUGAUGAUGAAGUUAUUAUCUCUGACGUUGUUAGCGAGAAGGCCCCUCAAAAGGAUGACGGCGAUGACGCAACUGAUGUGGAAGGUCAUAGGAAAAGCAAGCGGACUAAGUUUGCUUCCACAAAGAUCGAUAAUCGAUCUCUGUCUGUGGGGGAUGGGCUUGCGUUGCCAGCAAAAGAUGUUACAGACAUCAUUGGAAGAGAGAAAUGCAUGUCAACUAAGGUGAUGGAUGCUUUGGUUAAACUAAGCCGUCAUCUUCUCAAAGUUGACGAUCGCAAACCUCGGAUUAAAGUGUUUGAUACUAAGUUUGUCGCUGGACUCGUUAAAUUGUUUCCCAGAUUUUCAAAGGCUGAUAACCGCGAUGCAUAUCUGUUCAGCAAAGCUGUUGUGGAAAAGUUGACUGUCUUGCAACCACUUUUCACGGAGGUUUUCCUAGCGCUUCAUCUCCUCACCUCAAAGAUUGAGGUUUUGGACUGCAACGUACAGCUUAGGACAGAUGUUAGCAUGCAGAAUGAGCUGCGUCCAAUUUCGGUCAUGUUUCCUUAUCUUUGCAGGCAGAUCGGUGGUAAUGAGUUAAUGGCGAACAUGUCGUUAACGCAGUUGGCAAUUGAAAGGGUAUCCGGCAUCCCACAGAUCACUAGCCAAAAUGAUUCUGGGUUAGUGUCUAUAUUGCUGAUGCAAGCUCAUGCCAUUGGUGGUGUCGAGCAGUGCAGACUGAUGGAUCUUUCGGAUUUGGAGAUGGAUGCGCGUAAACUGAUUACUGUUUUAAUUGAGACAUUUAGGAUUAUGUUGGAUUUAGGACUACGUCCUUUAAACCGUUAA